AUGGAAGUUCAUCGGUAUAAUGAAAAAUUAAAAUUUCUUCAAUCCUCAUUUCCGUGUCUUGAGUUAAAAGUUAUUGAAGAAACAUGGAAGAAUAAUAAUUAUAAUAUGGUACGAACAACAGAUGAUUUAAUGGAAUUAGAAAGUCCAGAAAAUUCACAAUCUGAAACAAGUCCAAAGAAAGAAACCUUAGACACAAAGACAGAUACAUAUGUGGCAAAAGGAUAUGCAACAGGAGAAGUAAAUGAAGUUAUUGUUCAUCCAACUGAAAAAGAAACUCCUCUUUUAUUAUCAAAGAUAAAUGAAACAACAAAUAAGGCAUUUAAUGGCAAUAAGAAAAAUGAAAGAUUAGAAAAUAUUCUUAUUGAUAAAAAGAACCAACAACUAGUCAAUCAAGAUGAUGAUAAUAAAAUUGAUGGUUUUGAUCAGUCUGCAAAAGAUAAGUCAGAAAAGUCUACUGAGAAACUAAAUGCCAAUGAUAAUCAAUUAGUUAAAAUAGUUGAAAGUGAAGAAAACAGUCCAACAAAUCAUAAAACAAAAGAUAAUGAGUCUAUUGAAUCAUCACAAAGUGCAUCUAAUGGAAUAUCUAAUAUAAAUGAAAAAGAUGAACACCUAGAUAUCCAAACAACAACACAACAAAGUAAUAAGAAAACAAUUGAUGAGUCUACAAGAAAAAGUUUUGAUGAAGAAAGAGAUAUAGAAAAGAGAAUUAUUUUAAAUUGUAAAUCAAGAACUAAUGAAGUUGAUGUAAGUUAUUAUAUUCCACCUAGUUAUCUUCAAGAAAAUAGUUGGAUUGGUAUUUAUGAUAGAUUUGAAAUGAAUAUGAAAAAUUAUAUUAAUAGUGCUUAUUGCAAUGGUAAACAAAGUGCAUUUAUUAGGUUUGAGGGAUUAAAGAGAGGGAAGUAUUGUGUUAGAGUUUUUCUUGAUAAUACAAAAACUGAAGUAUAUAAUGCAGCAGAAACGUGUUAUGUUACAGUUGGAAAGGAAGUUGGAGUUAGUGUAGCUGUUGGAAAAGAAAAGAAGAAAAGAUUGAUUAGAGUUAGUGUUCAAGGAAUGGACAAAGCAUAUUGGGUUGGUGUUUAUAAGAGUGCACUAACAUCAGUAUCUAAUAAUGAUUAUUUAUUAGCAAGUGAGAUAACAAAAGAGAAUGAAAUAAUGAUAGAUGUUUCAAGUCUGAAAAUAGGUAAAUAUGAAUGUAGGGUAUUUUGUAAAGAAUCAACAGAAGGGUUUUUAUUUAAGACAUACCAUGCAUGUGGAGAUAAUACAUUUCUUGUUCUUUGGUAA